ACCACCACCUUUUAUAAGGGUUUAUGAAGUAAAUGUGGCUGAAAGGCAACGAUUACACCGACCUUUAUCCAAUCUGGGCAUGUCAGGGUUAACCUGACAGGGUAUUCAGUAAAAAUAUAAAUAAAUCACCAAAUAAUAUACAGAGGGGGCAAUUGAUGUUGAGUUGCUUGUGCUGAAUGUCACCGUGUUGUGUGUUGCCGUUUCCCACGGCUCCAUGAUGAAUCUGGGUCAAUGUUUUAGACUUGCAGCUUCACCAGCUCUUCACCUCUCUCUCUUUCUUUCAUUCUCUCAUUUUUCCUUCUUUUUCUUCCUUCAUUUUUGAAACCCUCCCUGCAGCCACUUUUCACCCUGAGGAGCGGCCAAGAGUGGAGAGUGGCCAUCGCUGGUGGAAUCCAUGCUGCAACAAGGCGUUAAAGCUUGCCCAUUAAAAAAGCCCCGGUGAAAGGAGGCACCUGCUAGACCAGUAACGUUAGCGAUGGGAUGAACCAGAUGAUUCUGCUUCAAUCAAAUUUAAACAAGAUCUUUGAAGGGAUGAAUAAUUGCUAGAAAAUCUUUGCAUACUGAGAAGUUCCUCAAUCCUUCAGUGCAAGAACCCAAGGGAUCACUAUCGUAACAACUCUACGACAACAGGCAGCAAAGCUUUGAACAUCAUUGAACAAAUGUUUGAAACAGAUUUCGCGGUUUGAGAACGGCCUACAAAGAAUAAUAUUUUCUCACCAAAAAAGCAACACAUAUUUCCCUUUGUGCAGCACACAUCAAAUUAAAUGACUGGGUUUUGUAAUAAAUUCAUUGUCAGCUUCCUGUGCUGUAUACGAGUUGGCCAGUGCUUAUCGUUGCUGCACAUACAACAGGAACUCCAGCUGCACCUUCCUUAACUGUACAACCACUGAGGGAACAGGGGGACAGGAAUUAAUACAGGGCACGACAUUAUAUAGAAAGAAUCAGACUGCUUUUGUGUGAGAGACUCGAGACCAUUUGGCUAUAAAGAUGUGUAGGUUAAUUUCUGCACCAAUCCAAACAUCGGUUGUUGAAGAGUUCUGGUUUUGUUCUGUGCUGGUACACUUCCACCCUGGAACCAAGGCUCUCUGUUGAGAGAGUUAAGAGAUCCCUGCUUUCAGCCUACUCGGCAUCUCUGAGCAGAAGCAAAAGGCAUUGCCAUAGGAACCUGCAGGAAACAAUGGACGGGGACCAGCUUUGUAGGACGAAGGAGAAGGUGUUGAACUUUCCUGGUAUGGGGAAUUGUGCUCCGGGCUCUCUUCAAGAACAGCACAGUUACAAAAAUGGUUUGUUGGGUUUGUGUCUGCGCCCGCAGGUGACUGACGAUGCAUGCAAUGGGAAAACAAUGCUGAAAUCUAUACCAAUUUCUACUUUGAAACACAAUGGGCUUCUACAAUCUCUUACAGCUGGAGGGGGUGAGCGGACACAUGAUGAGGUGACUCUGAAGAUGUUGCAGGCAGAGGCAGAAUGGGAAGCUUUGGAAACAGCACAAAGAGAAUUACCAUUGGAGGAACGGGAAGAUCCGACUGACGCCACAGGAUGCACUCUGCUCAUCUCCUUUAACGAGGCUCUUCAGCAUUUUCAAACAGCGGAUCUCUACGAGUACAGGAAGAACAUCCAGCCAAUUGUACGUAGGACCGGGUUUUCUGCCAUCACCCAUUUUCUUUUUGGUCCUCCACGGUUGCACAAGGAGUUACAGGAAGAACGGGAUCUGGUAUUUGCCAUUGCCCAGUGUUCCCUGGACAACAGUCAGAAAGUUCACAUUCGAGUUUUGCAGACAAUUUACAAAAAACUGACGGGGGCAAAAUUUGACUCUGCAAGAUAUGGCACACACUGGGAACAACUAGGAUUUCAAGGUGAAGAUCCAGGGACUGACCUGCGUGGGACCGGGUUCCUUGGCCUGAUGCACACUUUAUAUAUGGUGAUGGACCUGCAGACUCUACCUUUGGCUCGUGACAUCUACAAACUGUCACACCAUCCGACACAAAAUUUCCCUUUCUGUCUGAUGUCCAUUAAUAUCACCAGAAUCGCUAUCCAGGCUCUGAGGGAAGAAUGUCUAUCCAAAGAAUGUAAUCGAAGACAGCAAGUGAUUGCAGUCCUGAAUGAUUUCUACGCGGCAGCAUUCCUGCAUCUUUAUCAGAUUUGGAAAACAGAGCACAAAACCAUCAGUGAUUCAGGAUUUGUUCUUAAAGAGGUUGAAACGUUUGCCAAAAAGAAUCCAAAGCAACUGCUGAAAAAGUUGGAAACGUACUUGAUGGAGCGUCAGAAUGGGAUGGUCCUACUCACGGACAAAGUGUCCCUCAGUGUUAACCACGCUGGGAUGAGGCCAAAAUCCACGUCGGCUGCAAACACCAAAGAGAUUAAUUUUAUGGGCGUGUGUGAGCUGGAGCCAGAGCCAGAGCCAGAGUCUGAGGGUGAGGUGCGGCUAAUCUGAAACUAGGUGUGAGUGAUUGGGAAAGAUAAUCGGCAUCACCACAUGGCAGGGAUGUGACGACUAUGGCAUGCACUACUCAUGUACUGGACAUUAUACAAUGCUGGCAUUAAACAUACACAACAACGUAAGUGCAGUAGAACCUUGGCUUCUCCUAAUAACAGUGGCUUGCAAAUGUGUAAUUGUUGUAGGCGUACUGUAUUAGCUCAUAUAAUCAGUUCUGCUCCAGCUUGAACACUCAAGUGCUGUUUCCAGAUAAUGCUAGAACACAGAAGCUUUCUGCUACCUUUCUAAAACUGUUCCUCGGUUGGAACAUUACCUUACUCAGGAGAGAAGAACAUAUUAGUUCCUUUUAACAAUGAUGCGGUCUGUGCUGGGCAUAGUUUGAACUCUACUUUUUAAGUGACACUAAUUAGCUUUAAAUCUGAAUUAGUGCUGUCAGUAUCAAUACAGAAAGCUUAAAGAUGCAAUACCACUAUCUCUAUUCUGGUUGGCAAAAUGAUUUUGGUUCAUAUUAUUCAACUGAAUGGAAAGAAUCUUAUUUCAAGGUGGACACAAAUGCUGGAGUAACUCAGUGGGACAAGCAGCAUCUCUGGAGAGAAGGAAUGGGUGACGUUUUGGGUCGAGACCCUUCUUCAGUCUGUAGAACGGUCUCGACCCAAAGCGUCACCCAUUCCCUCUCUCCAGAGAUGCAGCCUGUGUUACUCCAGCAUUUUGUGUGUCUACCUUUGAAUUAAACCAGCAUUUGCAGUUCUUUCCUACUUAUUACAAGGUGGUUCUCUCCUACCCUGAUUUCUAUCUUAACCACACAAACUUGUUGACCUAAGUAUUUGAUGUGAUCAAAACACAUGUAACACCUGACAGCCCUACAUGGUUCUACAGUUUUCUCAUUCUGUAGUACUUGUUCAGACAGCAAGUUGUGGGCCAGGCACCAAAUAGAAAACUGAUUCUGAAUGAGCUGAAAACUUCUUCAAACCCAUGAAAGUUUUAGAAUUUCAUACAAAGUCCAAUCAAUAGUUGCAAGUGACAGGCUAGUUACAUGUAGUCCUGCAUAUGGUCCAAUCGUUGAGUAUUCUUGCAUCUUUAUAUUCUGUACCUUCACAUUUAUUUACAAGCAAACUAUUCAGCUGUGCAGAGUGUUGAGCCUUGUGUGGCUUUUAUCUAUUUUUUUAUGGUGUGCUGUUCCCCUCCUUCAACACUCGUGAGUGCUAGAUCAGACACGUGGUACGGCUACUGUCCUGUGUAAUUGCUGAUCAGUUUAUGGUACCAGUAACAUUAGAACUUCCAAGAAAACGCUUGCUAGCCUUGGUUUGUUCUAUGUAUGUACUGUAAUAUGUUUUAAAUGUACUCCUAAAUUGGACUGUUAGGUUAUCAGAGAUCUUUAGUUGUGACAUUAAAACUUGUCCACGAUGGGGAACCUUCGUUGAUCUGUACCUCUGAAGUGAUUGAGGUUAAAUUCCAGCUGUAGCUUUCAUUGCAUUUCUCCAGCGUCCGACAGGUUGCAGUGAAUCCUCUUCGUGACGAGCAGUAAAUGAAACCCUUCAGUAUGAUGGUAUGCAGUGUUUUGCGGAUGCUUUUGUGGGAUAUUUGGUUUGAGGAGAAAAUAAUUUUUGUCUGAUUCUUUUGAAUUUAGAUUCAAAGUAUAUGGAAUAUGUGUCCUUGAACACCACAAGGGUUUAAACAUAUCAGAGUUUGUUGUUUCCACCAUGAAUUCAUUCACGAGAAGUUAUAAAGGAGAAGAUUGCUGCAUGGAAUUUGCCAAUGCAGAGAUCUGUGUUGAUAAAACAUGUGUAAAGACGGGCAAAUUGUGCACUUUAGCAAUUAUUAGUCACAUAUUGCACUUUGCUGAGAUUCCUUAGAAAAUCUUGGUAAUAUAUCUGGAAUAAGCUAAAGUAGAAGUAGGCAUCACAGAUUGGUGAAACGGAAUGGAACUAUGAGAUGCUUCUGUGCUGGAUAUUAUCUGUUUAUUGGAACGGGUACAUUUGUUUUUCCCCCGACUCCAUUUACAUAGUGAAUGGCAUUUUAUAGAUGCUAACUCCCAAUAGUUUUAGAUUUUCUUGCAUCCUUGUACUGAGGUCAAUAUUUGGAAACUUGGCAUGUAGUGAUUGUACAAGCCCUUGUCUGACAUUAUUCUAGCAGUUUAUGUUGUGUCACCAGAUGCACAAGCUGCAGUGAAACAUAUAGCCAGUGGUAAGCUUGGGUAUCUUUUAACUCUGCUUGAAUCCAGAACACACUUUCUGCAUUUCCAUUCAGGAGAGAGAUAUUAUAAUAAAUGUGUAAGGAAUCAGUUGCUAUUAAAUAUGUCCAAUCAAUGUAGAUUAGCAAACAAUGCAGCCAAUGUAACAUUGAAUUAAGCUAGAGGAUCCGACCACUCUUGUUUCUGAUCUGGAGAUGGUGCAGGGAAUAGUAAUGAGUGUGAGCCUAUUUCUGGGGUUAAAAACAGAACAUGUCAGGCAACAUAUUUGGAGAGAGUUAAGGCAAGGUGAUAAUCUUUCAUCAACACUGCUGUACGGAAAGGCUGGACAAACAAAGUCUUAGAGGAUUAAAAAAAUGAUAUUAUGGAAAAUGGUCAAAAUUAAAAAUUUAGGAUUUGAACAAGGAAGCAGCAUAAAGCUGGUAAAUGGCAAUACGGAACGAGCUGCAAAAUAUUGGAUGACAGAGAAACUGAUUAUGUAGAAGAGACCUAUAGAAAUAGUAGUAGAUGUGAAAAUUGUCCAGGCAUUUGAGAAACUGGUGCAUGCUGUUGUGGACAUUUGAGGAUGAUUCGGCCCAUGAUGGAUUAAGCGGCUUUCCUCACCGACAGUUAUCUUGUAAUUGGAUUCUACCUUUCGAUUAAUGACCAAAUUUCAUUCAAAUUGGGCAAAAACGACUUGGAUUUUAAAAUGAAUGGGAGACUCUUGAACAUUGUGCAUUGUUAGGCAUCUGUCAGAAUAGGAACAUUAACAAUGAACAUUUCAGUAAAGUGGGAGGAAAGAGGCAUUACAUUUGCAGUUUAUUUAAACAAAUUUAGGGCAUAUCUUGUCUAGGUUGGAAGGACAGGUGAGAACUAAACUUUUACUGGUGGUGUUGGUAGGGGGGCAAUGAACUAACAGCACACAGAUGCUUAACAGAUAAAAUUAUAAUAUAUUAAAAAGGCAUGCCUUUUUUCGAAAGCCACUUACCAACCAAUAUUAAUCAAAUUUGGUGACAACACUGGAAACAGCUGCAUGGGAGGUUGAGAGAUGCUAGAAUACCAAUGGCUCUGGUUUCCUGGAAGUGUGCUGUUUGAUUGUCGAUGCAAUCUGCCAACAUACUCCACACUUCUCCACACUGGCCACUGUUUGUGAUGAGGUUGGGCCAAUUCAGAAUUUGGGAAUUGAGUCCUUACCCAUUUUAGAGUUAGAAACAGGUCUGGGAUUUGAACAAGUUUGCUGAUGGAUCCAAUAAACUACAUUAAAUGUCCUGUAGCAAUUGUGCAGAGAUGAGAUGAAUACUGGGGACCUGCGAAAUUCUGCCUGAAAUUCUUUCAAACAUUUUUUGGGCUAUUGAAGUCACUGCAGGUAAUGUGACUGUUUCAAAAGUUUGAUGUUUUAUUGACAGUUCUCAUUUAUUCUGUGAUUUCUUAUUGUUUUCUUUGCUCAAACACAGAUUAAUUAUUGUUAUUACUUUUAAGCAGGAUUUCACUAAUAAGCACUGUGAUUGGUUGUAUUCAGGAUGUAAGAUUAGCACUGUGGUCGUACUUGGGAUGUCAUGGUAACAUAAGCACUAAACAUCUUUAUUUUUGCAUCCAUUAAAUUUUAUGUUUUUAAAAUAAAAAAA